AUGGUGAUUUCUUCAAUUCCGGCCGCCCCCUCUGCUCCUCUAUGGAGCUCCUUGAGAACAGAGAGGAAGGGUAGGCGGUCAAACGAGGGGUUGAAGGUGAGUGCAGUGGGAGGGGGAGCGUCAGUGGGAGGGGGAGCGUCAGUGGGAGGGGGAGCAUCAGUGGGAGGGGGAGCGUCAGUGGGAGGGGGAGCAUCAGUGGGAGGGGGAGCGUCAGUGGGAGGGGGAGCGUCAGUGGGAGGGGGAGCGUCAGUGGGAGGGGGAGCGUCAGUGGGAGGGGGAGCGUCAGUGGGAGGGGGAGCGUCAGUGGGAGGGGGAGCGUCAGUGGGAGGGGGAGCGUCAGUGGGAGGGGGAGCGGCAGUGGGAGGGGGAGCGUCAGUGGGAGGGGGAGCGUCAGUGGGAGGGGGAGCGUCAGUGGGAGGGGGAGCGUCAGUGGGAGGGGGAGCGUCAGUGGGAGGGGGAGCGGCAGUGGGAGGGGGAGCGUCAGUGGGAGGGGGAGCGUCAGUGGGAGGGGGAGCGUCAGUGGGAGGGGGAGCAUCAGUGGGAGGGGGAGCGUCAGUGGGAGGGGGAGCGUCAGUGGGAGGGGGAGCGUCAGUGGGAGGGGGAGCGUCAGUGGGAGGGGGAGCGUCAGUGGGAGGGGGAGCGUCAGUGGGAGGGGGAGCGUCAGUGGGAGGGGGAGCGUCAGUGGGAGGGGGAGCGUCAGUGGGAGGGGGAGCGUCAGUGGGAGGGGGAGCGUCAGUGGGAGGGGGAGCGUCAGUGGGAGGGGGAGCGUCAGUGGGAGGGGGAGCGUCAGUGGGAGGGGGAGCGUCAGUGGGAGGGGGAGCGUCAGUGGGAGGGGGAGCGUCAGUGGGAGGGGGAGCGUCAGUGGGAGGGGGAGCGUCAGUGGGAGGGGGAGCGUCAGUGGGAGGGGGAGCGUCAGUGGGAGGGGGAGCGUCAGUGGGAGGGGGAGCGUCAGUGGGAGGGGGAGCGUCAGUGGGAGGGGGAGCGUCAGUGGGAGGGGGAGCGUCAGUGGGAGGGGGAGCGUCAGUGGGAGGGGGAGCGUCAGUGGGAGGGGGAGCGUCAGUGGGAGGGGGAGCGUCAGUGGGAGGGGGAGCGUCAGUGGGAGGGGGAGCGUCAGUGGGAGGGGAGCGUCAGUGGGAGGGGGGAGCGUCAGUGGGAGGGGGAGCGUCAGUGGGAGGGGGAGCGUCAGUGGGAGGGGGAGCGUCAGUGGGAGGGGGAGCGUCAGUGGGAGGGGGAGCGUCAGUGGGAGGGGAGCGUCAGUGGGAGGGGGAGCGUCAGUGGGAGGGGGAGCGUCAGUGGGAGGGGGAGCGUCAGUGGGAGGGGGAGCGUCAGUGGGAGGGGGAGCGUCAGUGGGAGGGGGAGCGUCAGUGGGAGGGGGAGCGUCAGUGGGAGGGGGAGCGUCAGUGGGAGGGGGAGCGUCAGUGGGAGGGGGAGCGUCAGUGGGAGGGGGAGCGUCAGUGGGAGGGGGAGCGUCAGUGGGAGGGGGAGCGUCAGUGGGAGGGGGAGCGUCAGUGGGAGGGGGAGCGUCAGUGGGAGGGGGGAGCGUCAGUGGGAGGGGGAGCGUCAGUGGGAGGGGGAGCGUCAGUGGGAGGGGGAGCGUCAGUGGGAGGGGGAGCGUCAGUGGGAGGGGGAGCGUCAGUGGGAGGGGGAGCGUCAGUGGGAGGGGGGAGCGUCAGUGGGAGGGGGAGCGUCAGUGGGAGGGGGAGCGUCAGUGGGAGGGGGAGCGUCAGUGGGAGGGGGAGCGUCAGUGGGAGGGGGAGCGUCAGUGGGAGGGGGAGCGUCAGUGGGAGGGGGAGCGUCAGUGGGAGGGGGAGCGUCAGUGGGAGGGGGAGCGUCAGUGGGAGGGGGAGCGUCAGUGGGAGGGGGAGCGUCAGUGGGAGGGGGAGCGUCAGUGGGAGGGGGAGCGUCAGUGGGAGGGGGAGCGUCAGUGGGAGGGGGAGCGUCAGUGGGAGGGAGUCAGUGGGAGGGGGAGCGUCAGUGGGAGGGGGAGCGUACGUGCGUGUCUAG